CGAAAAUCAUAUUCCUCACGCCUCUUUUCCCCUCUCUCUUCCUAUUUCUGCCCCCACACACAGUCUCCCCACCUUCACAAACACACACAUGUCCCUAACUCACUUAUCUUCUAACCUACCAGACCCCUUGUGGUGGACUCACCAACACCCAUACCCUAUUAUCAUGGACUCCCCCAAACCCUCACCCUUCUCCACCAUUGACCACCCACCUUCAACCCACCAAGACACCCCUAAAGAACCCAUGUUUGAAAAACCCUUAACACCUAGUGAUGUUGGCAAGCUAAACCGGCUUGUCAUUCCCAAACAACACGCUGAAAAACACUUCCCACUUCCCGGCAAUGACUCAGCCGUUGACCAAACAAAAGGGUUGCUACUUUGUUUCGAAGAUGAAGCCGGGAAACCCUGGCGGUUCCGGUAUUCUUACUGGAAUAGUAGUCAGAGUUAUGUGUUGACUAAAGGGUGGAGCCGUUAUGUUAAGGAAAAACGGUUGGAUGCUGGGGAUGUUGUGUUGUUUGAACGGCAUAGGUUUGAUGGUGACCGGUUUUUUAUUGGGUGGAGACGGCGGCCGGUGCCGGUGGAGAGUGUGGCGGUGGGUUCGCCAGGUGGUGGUGGUGGUGGUGCGCAGAUUAAUGGGUGGACCACCAGGGUCGUCUAUAAUGCGCAGUAUAAUUAUCCUUCGCACCACCUACCUCUAUCGGUUCCUCCUCAUCCAUACCAACCUGCCUGUAUUCAUGCAGGAGGUGUAAAUGAUAAUGUAGAAAACAACCAAAGAGACAUGGUGGCUAAUGGGAACAAUCCAAGAAGGGUGAGACUAUUUGGUGUGAACCUUGAAUGUCCAGAUGAAACUGAACCAUCAGGCCAAGAUGGUUCAAGCCAAGGUGGUCAACCCCACUACCAAUAUUACUCAAAUUCCAACAAUCUCAAUCACAACAUGAACAUCAAUUUCAGCCAGAUGAGGUACCACCAACAUCAAGGAUAAGAUCUGAGGAAUGUGACAUGUGUUGGAUUUCUCAAUUUUGUCAACAAACACCAUGCAAUGCUUUGCUGUCCAACAAUUUGGUGAAAUAACAUGUAACCCAUCAAAGAAAAUAGUACAUAAAAUCUGGAAAAAGAAAAAAAAAUCUCAAGAUGUCUUCAAACAAGACCGAAUAUGACAAUCAUUAAUUUCAUACAAUCGGCUACCUCAACCGAUCUGAUCCGUCUAUGUCGUCACACAACUGGCAAUCUGAACCGAUUCAUCUGUUUUUUCAUGCGACUGGCUUUCUGAACCGAUCCGUCUGUUUUAUCAUGCAACUGGCUUUCUAAACCGAACUGUUUCGUAGAAUUUUUAUUUCAAGUUGUAAGGCGUAAUAGCCACUGAAAAUAGAAAAGAAAAAGGGAAAUGAUUAGGGGUAGAAAGGUCCAUAAGGGGGUCCAUUUAGGUAUUCGGCAACUGUUGUGAUUCAGUAUGAUAGAUUUUUUUGUGUAAUGUUUGUAGUAGUAGUAGUACCGUUCAAAAAAAAAGUAGUACUUGGUGAUUGUACUAUUCUGCCCUCUGUUGCUGCAGUUAGGAUGAAACCAAUGCUACUAACUUCUUGUUCUCAUUUUCUCCAUAUUUUAUGUAACUAGUUCUAAUUUUGUUUAAUUUAA